GCCUGGAGCUCUGCUGGGCAGGUUCUGCCGAGUGCGCUCUGCUUGCCAACAGCCCAGGGUAGCUCCCCCAAGUUUUCUUUCACUCACGUGUGCUCUGACGUGGACGGAAUGGGGAACAGCUUCAAGAGGCCCAGGCACAAUGAAAAGCAGGCGGGAGACAUGCUACACAGCCGUUCCAACCAGGUGCUGACAGAGCAGCCUCAAGCUCAGCCUCCGGCCAGGGCCAGGAACCGGUCUCGAUACGCCAUCGGAUUCAUGGCAGUUGUGAGCAUCAUUAUUGCCCUAGUUGUAGCUUUGGCAGUGGUAGCCUCCAAACAUCAUUCCUGUCCACUGGACCUUCCCACUGCCGCAUGCCCAGAUGACUGGAUUGGCUACCGGGGGAAAUGCUAUCUCUUCUCAAAGGCGGACGGGACCUGGAACGAAAGCCAGAGCAACUGCUCUUCACUCAAUGCCUCCCUGGCUGUGAUUGACACCCAGAAAGACCUGGAUUUCCUGCAGCAAUAUAAAGGCUCCCCUACACACUGGAUCGGCCUCAGAAGGGACACGUCCCAGCCCUGGAGAUGGGCGGAUGGUACAGAAUUCAACAACCGCCUGUUCACACUGAAUGGAGAUGGACUAUAUGUAUAUCUCAACGACCGCCCCAGCAGCUCAACGGGCCACACCCCCAUGAAAUGGAUCUGCAGCCAGCCAGAUGAACUGGCAAAGAGGAAACAAAAUGGGGCCCUGCAAGCUUUACUGGAGUGAAGCAAAUCCCCUCUCUUCAGCUGCCGCUGCUGCUUCCUAUAGAACAGAUAUUGACUAGCUGCUUUAAAUGCCA